AUGUCUAAUCAUCCACAAGCUGCAUAAUAACCACAAUAAGCUCCAGCUCCAGUUCCUUAAGCUUAAUAGAGACCUGCUGCCCCAGUUUAUCCGAAUGCUUAUUUACCCCCUACUUAUUAUCCAGCCUCUCCAAUUAGAUAAUCUUAUGUAGCUCCAGUUGCUCCUAUUCAAUAUGCACCAGUGGCCUAAGUGCCUGUUGCACCUAUAGCUUCUGUUCCUGUUUAACAAUUAGCACCUGUCCAAGUAUAGCCGGUAGCAGUUGCCCCAGUAGCUCAACACCAAACCAUAAAAGGUGAAUCAAGAAUUGAAUAUAUUCCAUAUCAAAAAGCUGUUGUUGAAUAUGAGGAAUAAGAAAUUGUGUCUUAUGUUCCAAGAGAAACAAAAGUCACAGAUUACUAUGCUGUUGAAUAUUAAACAGAAUAUAUUCCUUAAGUAUUCUAAGAAAAAUACACAGAGUACGUCCCAGUUGAUAGAUAUCAAGAGAGAGUGGAAUACUAUCCAGUUGAAAGAUAAGUAGUUCAUUAAUAGCCAACUCAAUAUGUUUAAUAGGCUGUUUCAGUUGUCCAAUAGCCAGUCAUCCAAUAAUCAGUUCAAUAUGUUCAACAACCAGUCUAAUAUGUUUAACAACCAGUCUAAUAUGCUUAACAACCAGUCUAAUAUGUUCAACAACCAGUCUAAUAUGCUUAAUAACCAUUGAUUGCAUCUAGAGUUGUUCCUUAAUUUGUAUAACCUUAAUAUGCUGCAGCUCCUGUGGCUAGAACAUCAUAACCAUAAUAAUAAUAAUCCCAUUAGCCAUAACAAGUGCCAUCAUAAUAACCAAGAUCUUAGGCAACCCAACAAUAGGCAUAACAACAACAAUGAAAUAACAUUAUAUAUAUAUAGAUAUAUAUAAGAUAU